CUUGUAAUCUAGUACUAGUAUAGUAGUAUUUAUAGUAUAUGACAUGAGCAGAAUGAAAACAAAACUCACGUGUACCUCAUCACUUCAGGAAAAGUUACUUUAAUAAAUGUUAUAGCAGAGCAUGUGAAAAAAAAAAUAGUUCAACAUGAAUAAUAUAAUACGUAAAGUGUACCACAAUGCAAGUAAUCGUUCUCACAUGAAAUAUCAUUUUGACCGAUUUUUAUUUAUUUCUACUACAGUAAAUAAAAUUGAAAAUCAGAGUAUAUUAGCUCGGAAUGAUAUAAAUAAUGAUAAAAACUCUUUGAGCAGAGAUUUAGCUAUGAAAAUCAAAUUAUCAGGACCUGUCAGUGUUGCUCAUUAUAUGAAACAAGUGCUCACCCAUCCUACUAAAGGUUAUUACAUAAACAAAGAUAUUUUAGGACAGGAAGGUGAUUUCACAACAUCUCCAGAAAUCAGUCAAUUAUUUGGUGAAAUGAUAGCUGUGUGGAUUGUGAGUGAGUGUAAAAAGAUGCAUGGUAAACCAUUUCAAAUUGUUGAACUUGGCCCUGGCCGAGGUACUCUGUCCAAUGAUUUAUUAAGAGUGUUCAAUAAAUUGAAAAUGAGUGAACGAAUCUCAUUGCAUUUAGUAGAAGUGAGUCCUGUUCUUUCUGAAAUACAAAAAAAAAAAUUGUGUGUAUCUGAAUCAGAUUUAGAUAAAGAUUCAUGUAGUGGUCAGUACUAUUACAAAAAAGGAAAAACAACUGAUAAUGUUGAAGUAUUUUGGUACAAGUCUAUUGUUGACAUACCUCAUGGUUUUUCAGUUUUUCUUGCUCAAGAAUUUUUUGAUGCUCUGCCAAUACACAAGUUUCAGAAAACAAAAAAUGGCUGGUUCGAAGUACUUGUAGAUGUUGAUUCAACAAGCCAAGGAGAAGAAAAAUUUAGAUUUGUUUUAGCCAAAACUGAAGCUUGUAAUAGCCUCAUAAGUAAAGAUGAACAAAGAGAUCAUAUUGAAGUUAGUAUGGAAGCAAUGCAAAUUAUCAAGUAUAUUUCUGCAGCUAUCACACAGAAUGGAGGAUUUUCACUUAUUAUUGAUUAUGGUCAUGAUGGUGAAAAAACUGAUACUUUUAGAGCUUUUAAGCAACAUAAACAGUGUGAUCCAUUAUUAAAACCUGGAAGUGCAGAUUUGACAGCUGAUGUUGAUUUUAGUUUGCUGAAAAAAGCUGCUAAAGAAACUAGGAACUUGUUGUGUUACGGGCCUGUUACUCAACAAGAGUUCCUGGUUGAAAUGGGAAUUAAUGUACGACUGAUGAAUCUUUUGAAAACUGCAACACCAGAACAAAAAAAACAACUAGAAUCUGGAUAUAAAAAAAUUACAGGUAGUGAGGAAAUGGGUAACUGUUUCAAGGUAGUUUCAAUGUUUCCUACUGUAUUGAAAGAUCAUUUGAAAAGAUUUCCAGUCCAUGGUUUUUCGAUGUAUCGUCAAGAUCCUUAAUAAGAUGUGGACAGUGCUUAUUAUUUGUAAAUAUUUGCAAUAGAGUUAAAAUAAUUUUAAUAAUUCUGUACAUAAAAUACAA